AUGAAGAUAUCUACGAGUGAGUUUGUUAUUCUUGUCCCUGGCAUCAACGCAGAACGUCCGGUCAGAUGGAAAGGCAACAAUGGUGCUGCCUUCAUCAGGAAAGCCCUCGAUGGCGUAGGGGAAGGCCAUGGCCGCCAGUUAUUCUACGAGUACCACACAGAUGUCGUCAACGGGAAUUACUACACGCCAGAUGGUGUUUACAAGGAGGCUGAGGCAUUGCUUAACCUUCUGCACGAGCAUCGGACCCCCAAGAUCAAGGAAAUGAGACGUCCGUUAUAUUUCUUUUCUCAUGACAUUGGGGGGACUAUAGUCAAAGCGGCCUUGUCAUUGGCAUCAAAGCAAAGAUCUCAGUAUGUCGACAUCCUGGAUUGUACUCGUGCUGUGGACGCCGUGUUACGGCUGAUGUCUGAAGACCCUCUCCGCUGGUCGGGUAGCACGUUGCAUUAUGCUAGAAGCCUCUCGGAAACCAUUCUCGAUGUCAAUGAGAAUUUCCUUCAGACCCAUAUACUCACUCAGGCCAAGAUGACGAAUGUGGUUUACACAUUCGACCAGGAUCCGGAAAAACAGGUUCGUGCACGUUGA